AUGUUGGGGCGGGUUUAUCCGCUGGUGGUAUUGCUGGUAUUCGCUGAUGUUUUUAUGAAGGCAUCAUGCAUCAGUGCGGAGAAAGGGAGUUUAGCCUUCGUUAUAGAUGACACUCUCUCAAUGACUGAUGACAUAAAUCAAGUCAAAAAGAGUGUCGGUCAGAUAAUGGACAUUGUGUUCAAUGAGAAGGCCAGCGUGAUCAGCAAUAUGGUGCUCGUCACAUUCAACGACCCAGAUGCACAUGUGAGAGCAGUGACUAAGGAUCGAAAAACAUUUAACAAAGCAUUGUCGGAGGUUCAAGUACAUAACCGCAAUAAUCCUGAUUGUCAAGAACCAUCUCUGAAUGGAUUGCUGCUUGCUUUGAAAAACAGUAAUCGUGGCUCCCACAUCUACGUGUUCACCGAUGCUUCAGCCAAAGAUUUUCAACAUGAAAUCGCUGUUAAACAACUGUGUCAGGAAAAGCAAACUCAGAUCUCUUUUGUGAUUACCGGAAGAUGUACCGCAACUUAUCCGGAUAAAUAUAUGAAAGUGUAUUAUUCAAUAGCCCAGGCAUGUUCAGGCUUGGCUUAUGAAGUAGAAAAAGAUGCAGUUUCAGAGGUACUCAAACCAAUAACUGACAUUAUAAGCGGCGAAAAGAUUAUAAUUACUUCGACGACUGUGCCAGCUGGUGUUUUGAAAGAUAUCCCGUUCAACAUAGAUGAACAAACUGAAUACGCCAUCGUUUCCGCGACGGGUAAGGACGUGGUAUUAAAAGUAACUGGACCUACUGACAGCAAGAAACAAUUAUUGUGGAAGCCCAAUGCUAAAGUGUUGAAGUUGCUUAACGUGAAGCCUGGCAAGUACAUCGCUACCGUAAAAGGUGCAUCAGAGACAUCCGUCGUCGUAGUGGGCAGGUCUGAUUUCCUCUUCAAACAUGGUUUCUCCGAGCAGAAGCCCAAGUCACUUAAGGACACGACUCUCCAACCAAUCACUAAUAAAGGGGUCUACUUAUCAGUAUUAGUUACUGAUGAACGCCAAUCAGUGGAAAUUACAAAGGCACAGAUCUUAGGAAUGAAUGAGAAGCCGAUCAUUCCAGAUCUUCCUUUGACCAAAAUUUCUAAAGAUUUUUACGUCACUCCUCUUUUAGUUACACCAGCACAAAUGUUUAAAGUAGCGGUAAUUGGAAAAGUGAAAGCAACGGGUAACAUUAUAAAGCGUAUCGCGAAGAUUCCUGUUACACCUUCAAAGCCUCCAAAAAUUAACGACAUCAACCUACUGGAUCCAGUGUCCGACGAAUUCAUUGCUUUCCUUAAUUCCAAGCAAAAGUUCUGGAAAGCCGGCCGAAACUUUCCGAAAAAUAAGCCAAUUACAGAACUGCGGAAGUUACUUGGUGCAUUGAAAGAUACCAAAUACUUUAAUUUACAAAAAGUAGAUCACGUCAGCACAUGUAUUAAUCUCCCAGAGAGCUUCGAUCCAAGGACUAAAUGGCCGAACUGCCCUAGCUUGAACGAAAUAAGAGAUCAAGGCCAAUGUGGCAGUUGCUGGGCAUUCGGUGCUGUGGAAGCGAUGACUGACAGAUACUGUACAUAUUCUAAUGGCAAAUAUAACUUUCACUUCUCUGCUCAAGAUCUUCUUUCUUGCUGUCGUAACUGCCAGCAUGAAGGAUGCUCAAAAGGUGGUUACCCUUCAUUAGCUUGGCUAUAUUGGCAGAAAUGUGGUAUUGUAUCUGGAGGAAACAAUAAUCAUACGCUUGAAGGAUGUAAACGGUACAGCUUGCCUUUCCCUAAUACUUGUGAAAAAAAAUGCGAUUCCAACAGUAUAGAUUAUGCAACAGACAAACGUCGUGGUGAAAGAGUGUAUCGCAUUGAACCCAAUGAAGAGAGUAUUAAAGCUGAACUGUACAAAAAUGGACCUGUAGAGGUGUCUUUCGACGUUUAUAACUCCUUUUUCCAUUACAAAAAUGGAGUAUAUGUGCAUUACCCACAAGAGAAGCUGGUUGCUCGACACGCUGUUAAGAUGUUGGGCUGGGGAGUAGAAAAUGGCGUCAAGUACUGGCUCUGUGCGAAUUCUUGGAAUAGUAACUGGGGUGAGAAAGGGUUCUUUAAAAUACUACGUGGAAAGAAUGAAUGUAAGAUAGAAGAAGAAGCCAUUGCUGGUGUACCACUGUACCCGUAA